ACAUACGCAUAGCACACCUAGAGUAGUUUAUUACUCAAUAAACCGUUAAAACUAAGAUAUUUGCCUGAUUUGAAAUUAAAACUAAGGAUGAAGUGCACAAUAAUUCGACUUCGUUGUUACUCUACUGCUUCACCUUUAACCUCCCAUUUCAAUCAAAGAAUUAUAUCCCUCAAAAAUGCUUCAGGACCCACCAACGUGAAUGACGCCCUCCAACUGUUUGAUGAAAUGCUUCAAAGACAACCUCCACCUUCCAUCAUCCAAUUUACUAAGCUCAUUACUGUUAUUGUAAAGAAGAAGCGAUACUCCACUGCCCUUAUACUCUUGGACCAAAUGAAGUUGAUGGGUAUUCCUGCCAAUAUAUAUACUAUGAACAUCUCUAUCAACUGUCAUUGCCGGUUGAAUCAAGUCGCUUACGGUUUUGCCUUACUAGCAACCAUUUUCAAGCAAGGUCAUCCCCCCAAUUUGGCUACAUAUAGCACUCUCAUUCAUGGGCUUGUUCUCGUUGAUAGGGUUUUUGAAGCUGUUGAGUUGUUCAAGAAACUGCUUAGAGAUAAACUUUGUGAUCCUGAUCAAGUUAUGUAUGGAACCGUUAUUAAUGGCCUAUGUAAAGUCGGUCACACUAGCAAGGCCCUUGAAUUGCUCACGUUCAUGGAAUCAGGCUCUUGUAAACCGAGUGUAGAACAGUACAGUGUUGUCAUUGACAGCCUUUGCAAAGACAAAAUGGUUGAUCAUGCACUAGAGCUGUUUGCCAAGAUGACCGAAAAGAGUGUCCUUGCAGACGUUAUCACUUACAACUCUUUGAUUCAGGGUCUAUGUAACUUCGGUCGAGAGACAGAAGCUGCCAAAAUGUUGAGAGAUAUGGAGGAGGAAGGAGUAUCUCCAGGAGUGGAUACAUUUAAUAUCUUGGUAAAUUCCUUUUGCAAGAAAGGAUCGGUAAAAGAAGCAGAGCUUGCUGUACAAGCAAUGGUACGAAGAGGUCUAAAUCCAGAUGUAAUCACUUAUAGUGCAUUGAUUGAUGGAUACUGUUUACGUGGUGAAAUAGAUGAAGCGGAGAAAGUUCUCGACGGCAUGGUGGAGAAGGAACUUGUGCCCAAUAUCAUCACCUAUAACAGCCUGAUAAACGGAUACUGUAAGAAGAAGAGAAUCGGAAAGGCCAUGCGUCUCUUUCAGGAAAUCCAAGACAAGGGUUUGAUUCCGGAUGUUGUUACUUACAGUAGCUUGUUACAAGGUUUGUUUGAAUCAGGGAAUCCUGCAGCGGCUAGAGAACUCUUUAACAAGAUGCAAGCAAAGGGCCUGGCACCUGAUAUAUGCACCUAUCGUAUCUUGUUCCAUGGAAUGUGCAACAACUCCCAGUGUACUGAUGCAUUGGCUCUCUUCCAAUCGCUAGGAAGCAAAGAAUUGGUGAAAGAUAUAGUGUUGUAUACCAUAUUGAUUGAUGGUUGUACCAAUUGUGGGAAGCCUAACUUGGCUUUGGAUCUGUAUGAUGAACUUCUAUUAAAAGGACUGGAACCAACAGUUAGGACCUAUAACGCAAUGAUACGUGUUUAUUGCCAAGAAGGGUUAUUGGGUAAAGGUACAGAAUUGCUUCGUAAGAUGGAAGAGAACGGUUGUUUGCCGGAUAGCUUCACAUACAAUGUAAUUGUUCGAGAGUUAUUGAAGAAAAACGAGCAUCGUGAGGCAGAGAUAUUUCUAGAAGAAAUGAUAAACCGAGGUUUUAUGCCUGAUCAUGCUACUUUUGAGAAUUUACUAGUCUGGAUCCCAAACGUAGGAAAAGAUUCUCGUUUGCGAACUAUCAUUCAAAAGCUAACAAAUGGAGGAAGAAAAGAUACCUAAUUUAACAUCUCGGUUCGUUUCCUGAACGUGUAAAAUCCAGUUUGGGUUGCAUAGUUGCUUGUCAUGGCUUCUGCCACAUUAUUUGGUGGACAUGAACAUAUGUUUAGCCAUAAAACCAUAAUUUUUAAUUAUCCUAAUUUAAUUAAA